AUGAGUCUUCUUGACGCAUUUACCUGUUUCAACAAUCUCCCCAAGGAACUCCGCCUGGAAAUCUGGGAGUUUUAUUUUGCCGGUCCGCGCAUUCACGUCCUUCAUCCGGCGCCUACCAGCCGGGACCGAAGUGUUGCUGCUGGCACGAGGGACAGGGACACUCCCUUAUUCCACUGCACCAUUCUGGACUCAUCCACGAAUCGCAUCACCAGAAAUGAUCAUCCCUGCAUUCCCAUCACCCGCGAGGCACGUGCCAUCUCCAUCUCCCUGAAGCGCCAGUUCACGCCCGUCAGGUUCGCCAAGGAUUUCACCCAGGCCGUCACCGGCCCUCUGCCCAUGCCCUUUCCUACGCGGAAUUUAAGCAUACAUAGAGCUGAUGAUGGUGAUGAGACGAACAAGCCUCCUCCCAAAACCACUAAACCCGAAGUCGAAGUCGUUUAUAUCAACUGGAACGUUGACUACGCGGAGCAAGCCUUCUGGGCCCUCCGCAACGUGCCCUGGCGCCGCAAGAUGAAGAAGCUGGCGCUGCUCGUGCCCGAGAGCGAGUACGACCGCGCCAUCGCGUUCGGGCCCACGGGCCCCAUCCGCGAGGUUCUCGAGUCCAUCGAGGAGCUCGAAGAGCUCUUCCUCGUUCUGCGUCUCUCGGCCAGCCUCACGGUCUCCGAUGACGCGGCGGGCAGGAUAGCGGGCCUGCGCCGAGACAGGUACGGGUUCGCGCCGUACGUCGACUACCUCAAGAUCGUCGGCCUACACGGCAGCAGCAUGGGAUACACACGCUCGGCGAUGUCGUUCCGGUCGGCGCUGGCGGGCAUUCGGGCGAAGGAGAUCGAGCUGGUUAGGGUUGUGGAUGUGGAUAGUCUUACGUGUGCGUACGGAGAGUAUGAGCGGAGGCUGUGCCAGUGUCGUGUAACGGGACCUACCCCCCAUGUAUCCACUAGGUGA